UGGCAGCUAAUAGGCUAAUAUUAAAUUCGUAUCAACCAGUUUGUAUUCCGGUUCGGUCAGCGAUUGUUGUAUGAACGCUCUACGCGUCGCAUAAAAAUAAGAACAUAAAAUGUUUUCUUUGCGUCGUGUCGGCUGUAAGAUUUUAGAACAAUGGCGGGCGCCGGUCUUGGUGGCUGCGAAGUCGAAGAACUUCAGUACAGAAGCACCUCGACCUUUGACAAUGCUGACUGAAGAUGAAUUAGCUAUGAGGGAGACAAUUAGAAAGCUGGCGUCGGAACAAAUAGCACCACUGGUCAAAAAGAUGGAAGACGAGCACAAAAUCGACGAAGGAAUCAGACAAAUGCUGUUCGAUAAUGGUUUAAUGGGCAUAGAAACACCAGCGGAAUACAGCGGCUCUGGCUGCGGAUUCCUUACAAUGAUGCUUGUAGUGGAAGAACUGUCCAGGGUUGACCCAGCAGUUGCCGCGUAUGUCGACAUCCAUAACACAUUAGUCAACUCUUUGUUCAUGAAGUUAGGAACCGAAGAACAGAAGACGAAGUAUCUGACGAAAUUGUGUACGGAAUACGCUGGCAGUUUCUGCCUCACAGAACCAACCUCUGGAUCAGACGCCUUUGCUCUGAAAACAGUGGCUAAAAAGGACGGCAAGGAUUACGUCAUUAACGGCUCCAAGAUGUGGAUCUCUAACUCGGAUGUAGCUGGCGUAUUCCUUAUCAUGGCUAAUGCUGAUCCCUCAAAGGGUUACAAAGGCAUCACAUGUUUCAUAGCGGAACGCGAUACUCCUGGCCUGACCGUAGCCAAGCCGGAAAACAAACUCGGCAUUCGCGCUUCCGGCACAUGCAUGGUGCACUUCGAUAACGUGCGAGUGCCCGAGGAGAACAUCCUGGGAGAAUAUGGGAAAGGUUACAAAUACGCGGCUGGUUUCCUUAACGAGGGUCGCAUCGGUAUCGCGUCGCAGAUGAUCGGUCUGUGCCAGGGUUGUAUGGACGCCACCAUCCCAUAUACGCUGGAACGGAAGCAGUUUGGAAAGAGCAUUUACUCUUUUCAAGGCAUCAGCUACCAAAUAGCACAUCUCCAAACACAAUUAGAAGCGGCGAGACUUCUGACUUACAACGCUGCAAGGCUAAAAGAAAAUGGCCUUGAUUUCGUGAAAGAAGCCGCCAUGGCUAAAUACUACGCGUCAGAAAUAGCCCAAAAGCUAACAUCAAAGUGCAUAGACUUCAUGGGAGGAGUUGGCUUCACCAAAGACUUCCCUCAAGAGAAGUUCUUCCGGGACGCGAAAAUAGGUACCAUCUAUGAAGGAACAAGCAACAUGCAGCUGCAAACCAUAGCCAAACUCAUCGAAAAGGAAUACACCCAGUAGUUAUAAGAUAUUGCAACAUUAAACACGGUUACAAGCAUUUAUGAGAUUUUACAAUAACCGAUAAACUGUUUUAUUCAUACAUUUGAUGUGUUACAUACAACAUUAAAAAAAAAGUACAUAUAUUUUUUCGAUUUUUAUAACUUGCUAUUUUAUAUUCUAAUGUACUGAAAUUCUUAUACAAUCUGUAUAUAUAUUAAUAAAAAAUA